AUGGUUCGAAAUAUAUCUUCAGAAAAACGUGCAUUGGUCCAGUUAACAAAAGAGUUUGUACAUUUAAGUUAUAGAGAACUUGGUAGAAAGUACGGUGUUUCAAAAUCUACUGCUUACAACAUUUGCAAUAGGAAAAUGAAAACGAAAUCUAGAGAAAGAAAACGUGGUCGACCAAAAGUUGUAACUGAAAGAACCGAGAGAAUUAUUCUGCGGACUUUUCUUCAACUGAGACGUAAAUCGCCCAGCUUUUCAAUAAAAGACCUUAUGUCAGAAAGUGGACUGGAAAUAGCAAACUACAGUAGACGAACUGUGUCAAGAUUGCUCAACAAACGUGGAUAUAAGUUACGACAGGCACGCAAGAAAGGUCUUCUCAAUGAAAACGAUUUGGCCAUAAGAAAACGGUAUGCACAGGCAAUGAAAAAAACAUUACGUGAUGAACCCAAUUUUUUUACAAAUCAUAUUGCGUUCUACCUCGACGGGGUGUCUUUUAUUCACAAGUGUGAUCCCUUGAAGGCAGCUAUGCAACCGAAAGCAAGAGUUUGGAGAACUAAAGGCGAGGGAUUGACAUUGACAGCAAAGGGUAGCAAAAGCUUGCCUGGCGGGAAACGUCUUCAUUUGGUCGUUGCUAUAGCGCAUGGCAAAGGAGUUAUCCUGAAAGAACCGUAUGACAAAAUGGACGGAACAUUUUUCUAUAACUUUAUAAAGAAUCAUUUUAAUUUGUGCUUUGGAAAAGCCGGUCCUAAAGCUGAUAGAAAGCGUCUAUUCGUAAUGGACAAUGAUCCAUCCCAGACAAGCAAAAAGGCAAUGUCUGCCUUAAAAGAAAUUGAAUGUGAACUUCAUCAAAUCCCAGCACGCUCACCCGAUGUAAACCCUAUCGAAAAUGUGUUUCAUAUUGUUAAAACUAGUCUGGAAAAAGAAGCUAUUGACUUACAAAUAAGGAAAGAAAGUUUCGAUGAGUUUAAGAAUAGAGUUUUGCGUUGCUUUGACAAUGUAGAUAUGAGCAUUUUAGAUCGCACAAUUGAGAGUAUGCCUAAACGCAUCGAGGCUAUAUUAGCAUCGAAGGGUAAGCGAAUUAAGUAUUAA